GCACCGAGUAGCGCGCUCGAUCAGUCGACGACGCGCGCUCGCACCGAGUAGGUCCUUGUCGAGGGGAGACAAUCGCACUCCUCGCGAGACACAAACGUGUUAUAUCUGCGACAUACGAGAGAGUAUUCCCUGCCCGCCCGUCCUCCUCCCCCUCACCUCUCGCUCUCCGUCGUGUCUGCGACGUGCGCGUGGGAAACUCGCACGCGCAUAUUAAUUGUGUUGCACACCGAGACACGUGCGUCACCGAAGCGUAUUAUUUCCGAUGCACUUUUUCUCGAGCGCGCGCGCGAUGACGAUGGUAAUCGCGCGCAAUCGUUUCUCGCAUCCUUCGAGUCUCGUGUGACGCAUCUUUCUGUCGCCGCCGGAGGGAGAGGAGCGGGCGCUGACAAUCGAGAGAGGGCAGACAUACAGAGAGAGAGAGAGAGAGAGAGAGAUAGAGAGAAAGCUCUUAACACGCCGGAGCUCCGCGUAGCCGUCUCGAAAAAUGCCAAGGUGAUCGUCUCUCCCUACGUCGUCCCUCGUCACCUGGCGUCUGUCCACGGAGGAGUAGCGAAACGUCCGCGCGAUCCUCUCGCGCCGAAUCUCUCGCCGUUCUCCCGUCGCCCCCAUCGUCCGGAGCCUGAUCGUCCUCGCUCCGACACGGCCGACACCGUCUGAUUGAAGACGCGGGUUGAGAGUCGCCGGCCAGGAUGCAUCACACGGCGCCGUGGUACCUGCCCUGGGGCCUGAAGCUGGUGCCGCUGCCGAUCCCGCCGGGACACCCAGCCUCCGGCAUCCCGAAUCCCGCGGGCCUGCACCUGCUGACGCCCUUGCCCGGAAUCUACGCACCGGAGCCGCGUAAGGUCGAUUUAAAGCCCUUACGGGAGGCGACGGUGGCGGUGCCCGCGCCGAAGAUCACGGAGAAGCGAAAGGCCGAGGACGCCGACGCCAGCAAGGAUCUGAAGAAGGCAAAAUUGGAAACGAAAGCGCUGAAAGCAAAGAGGCCGGGGUUCACGGACGAGCGAUACAACGAGACCAGUUAUUACGUGGAGCACGGCCUCCGUAAGGUAUAUCCCUAUUACUUCACCUUCACGACAUUCACGAAAGGUCGAUGGGUCGGCGAGAAGAUCCUGGAAGUCUUCGCGAGGGAAUUCCGUGCCCAUCCAGCCGAGGAAUACGAGAGGUGUAUUCGCGCUGGCACUCUGACGGUCAACUAUCAAAAGGUGGACGUCGAUUACAGGUUACGGCACAACGAUCUCCUGGCUAACGUCGUCCACAGACACGAGGUGCCUGUCACCUCGGAGCCGAUCACGGUGAUACACAUGGACGAGGACGUCGUCGUGGUCAACAAGCCCGCCUCCAUCCCUGUGCAUCCGUGCGGUCGUUACCGGCACAACACCGUGGUUUUCAUCCUGGCGAAGGAGUACAACUUGAAGAAUCUCAGGACCAUUCACAGGCUAGACCGGUUGACCAGCGGCAUUCUCCUGUUCGGUAGAACGCCAAAGAAGGCGAGACAGAUGGAGCACCAAAUAAGAAAUCGACAGGUCCACAAGCAGUACGUGUGCCGAGUGGAGGGUGAGUUCCCCGAGGAGGAGGUGAUCUGCUCGGAACCGAUCGAGGUCGUCUCUUACAAGAUCGGUGUUUGCAAGGUCUCCGAGAAGGGCAAGGAUUGCGUCACCCGCUUCAAGCGUCUCAGCUAUAACGGCAAGUCGUCGGUAGUGUUGUGCAAGCCGCAAACUGGCCGUAUGCAUCAGAUCCGCGUCCACUUGCAGUACCUCGGCUAUCCCGUGGUAAACGAUCCUCUGUACAAUCACGUUGUUUUCGGCCCGCACAAGGGCAAGGGCGGUAACAUCGGCAAAACUGACGAGGAGCUCGUGCGGGAUCUUAUCAGCAUCCACAACGCUGAGAAUUGGCUUGGGAUGGACGGCGAUUCCGACAUGAGCCUGUUCAAGCCGAAGUUGGAGUUGGAAGAGCGCAUGCUAGGUUCCGGCAGCGACAAGGACAACGGUUCUUCACCGUCGUCCACCCCGGGUCUGGUCGAAGACGAACAACAGCAGCAACAACAACAACAACAGCAGCAGCAACAGCAACAGCAACAGCAGCCGCAGCAGCAGGAAUCCCUCAAAGUAACCGUGGGAACGCAAACCGGCUCGGAACCGCCGGAUUCCACUUUCACCAACGACAAGGUCACCGUCGAUCCGCACUGCUACGAGUGCAAAGUCAAGUAUAGGGACCCGAAGCCGUCGGAUCUGGUGAUGUAUCUGCACGCGUGGCGUUACUGCGGCCCGGGAUGGGAGUACGAAACGCCACUGCCCGCGUGGGCGGCGAGCGAUUGGAUCGGUAACGAUCGAUAGUUCGGACGACACGAUCGAGAACGAUCCGCGGGGAUUCCUCGGCGAGCAAUCGUCGUCAUUGUCGUUGUCGUCGUUGAGUCCCGAUUCCCCCUUUUGAUAUCCUUACCCCGUGCCUUCCAUCCGCCAAUGAGCGAUCUUGACCAUCGUAGUGUACGAGCAAGUACACGUAGUACACGAAUACGCAGACACAUACGUACGGUAGACAAACAGACGAGCAUCCCCCUCCCCCUGCAACUUUCUGGCUGCCGGACUUUGCGGGAUGUUCCUGCGGUGUCCGAGAGAAAUGGGAUUGCUGGAACAAUCUCACGUCGCGCGAUAUUUACAUUUCUGCAAACUCGCCGCCGAUAAACAUAAACGCGACAACAACUCGGCGUUAUCGCGAGGCAAUUCCGACGGAUCGCAGAAAUACUGUACGCUCAUCCUCAGCGGCAAGUUUGCCCAUUGCGAACGUGCGCGCGCGCGCGCGCGCGUUCUCGUUUCGUUAUGUAUUUCUGGCAAAGUCUCGCGCAAAUCCCGCGCGCGGACCAUCUUACGCGUGGGAAACGAUCCGAGAGACGCACGUGUUAUUGCGCGGAUUAAUCAUAGCGACAAAAGACAACCGUUGUUACUGAUCCUAUUACCGCAAAACUGUCCUGAUUUUGGGAGCCAAUUAUAAUAAGUCAGAUCAUCAUUAUUGUUAUUUUUGUCUUGCCACAGUAAUGUUUCCGGGUUUCUCAAUCAUGAGUUUUCCUCCACGAGUAAAUCUGGAGCGCCUUGUAAAGUUACGCAGUAAAAUUACGUCGAGAUUUCGUAAUAAAGUGCAAUGAUUGUUCCUACGAUCGUUUCUCUCCGCGUAACAGCCGUAAGAAUGUUCUCGCGCGAUCGGUCGGUCGAUGUGAAUCUUACAGGUCGCAGGACUUCGUUGCAGCUUCCGAAUUAACAUAACGAAUCGCAAUUUCUUUUUUAUCAGGAAGAUGUAUAUUGUAACAAAUAUAGGCGAGAUCUGUGAUUAUAUUAUCGCGAUAUUUGUCGAUCAAAAUGUCUUAAAGAUACGGCCGUAUCAGCAAAACGGCUAAAGUUAAAGAUAACUCUAUUUUUAUUUUUAUUUGUGAUAUAUAUAUACAAAAAAAAAAUAUAUAUAUACAUAGAAAAAUACGAUUAAUCGACUAAUUUCCGUUCGAUUGUAACACGAUUUGUAUUAGCUACGAUUUCACGGGUUGCGUACAGGAAUUAUACAUAAAAAUCAUUUGCGUGAACGCUCUAGCGCAGACUGAGACAAAUGUGUACGUUCCGGAAAACGUGAUAGUCUCGCGGGCCGCCUUUAUGAGCAGCAGCGGUCAAAAAGUCACUGCCACUGGAGCGCGAGAUACUCCCCUAACAUGUGAGAGAAGAUUGAUGCAUCUGUCGGAGACAUGGUAUGGUAUUCCGAUGGAUCGCGUAUUAUUCAUCUUGAUUUAUGACGUACAUAGAAAGCGAGAACGAAAAGCCGCGGAUCUCUCUCGUCUAUUUUCUAUGAUCGCGAGAAGUCGUCCGGCUAUGUGUGUGUGUGUGUGUAGCGCGCGACUGUUACUCUCCAAUCUUGCGGAACAUUUUGAUUCACGGGAGAGAUCCAUAUCGCUCGAUCCAUUUCUCAAAAUUCCAGCAGAAGCAAUGUCUUAUCAUCUAAGAAUAAACGACGCGGCGCGAAGUAGCACGAGCAUAGUAUGUGACGUUCGAGCUUGCGUUCCCGGGAGAUGUACCCCCGGUAAAUCACCGUCGUGGCUUCGCGAAUUUGACUCGAAAUUGACUUCGGACGGACGGAAGUGAACAGGCGAUAUCGAUUAUAUACGGCAGCGGUGUUGCUCUUGGCAUCGAACCCGCCUGAGUUCUUCAGACUUGACAGAAGUCAGCUAUAACCGGGAGAUAAAUUUAUCCCCGGCGGGUCCGGCUUUGGAACAAUUUCAACGAAGCCCUGCGAUUUCUGUUAUUAUCGUAUAGUGGUUUGUGUAUAUCGCUAAUGUACUCAUUGUGCGAGAGAGAUUACCGUAAGCCUCGCGAGUUUCGAACGUGACGGAAGGAGACAAAUGUACAUCGGUAUUAAUAGCGUAUCAAUGCUAUUAGGAAAUCUUUCCGAUGUGGUAUCUCUGUUACUCGUUGAUCGUCAGUCCUCUACCGCGCCAAGUUCGUCAAGUUCCCUGAAGGAUAACCGCCGACUGUGAUCGUCGUAUCCUCGCGACCAUGCGCACGCGAGUAACUUCCUUCGUUCGACGACGAGACCACGUUCCUCAUUGAGGACAGUGGUCCGGUUUCCAUUCACACGCGCGCGAGACGUUUUCGCACGGUUUCGAGAAUAGACUCCUUGGAAUCGAAACAAGGAGAAGGGGGAGAAGUAGUAGAAGAAGGAGACGGAGAGAAUUGUAUCCUUCGUGGGGGCACAGGUAGGGGGCUGACGUACGGAAACUGCGAUAGAGGCGCAUCUAUUUUUAUGGCAGAUAUUUAAGUGUGGGGGAGGAACCAAUGCGCGGUGGCGUGGGUCCAGCGGCAGGGUUCUCCAACAAUAAGCGUGAUCUUGCCCGAAAGACAGCCAAUGAUCAUGCCAAAGAGCGACCAGCGAGCUUUCAAUCAUAUCGUGCGUAAUGUACCUUUUCUCGAAGCCGACGGGAUAUCUCGAGAGGAGCGCGCGGGCCUGUCGGGGGCCGAAGGGGACAAGGUAGACGAGGUGUUUCGCAACAAGUACAAUCCGAGGGGGCGAGUGAAAGAAAAAUGCGAGAACAAAAGAAAAACGCUACAAUUUUAUUUUAUUACGAGUCGUCGCGUUCUCUCGUCUCCGUGCGUCUCUUCGAGAGACGUCGCGAAAGAAGCGCGUGGCGUCUCCACUUCCGUCAGCUUCCAAGUUGCCAGGCCGCCCCCGUUCGAGCGCGUGGAAAUUUCGCCGAUGUUACGCGAGCUUUUUUAUUUCCGGACGAUCGCACUUGCUGCACACGCGCUUGUCUCGUAGCUCCGAAGAAGCUCUCGUAUGUAUGUACACGCAUAUGGGAGUCUGUUUUGCGUCACACGGCGCGAUAACACGCGGCACAACGUGUGCACAAGAGCGACGGACAGGGACGGCCGCGCAACAAAACACAUCGGCCCGCGUGUAACGCGGGCUUCGGAGCUUGUAUUUUAGCGUCGAGAGGAUAUUCUAUUUUGUGUUGGGUUCGAAAAAAGGUCUGUUUUCAGAAAUUUUUUUAACAGAAAGGAAUUAAGGCAAUUUAGAUGCACUUUUUAGAAAUUUAUUGAUUUUGGUAGAUUAUGAUGAUAUUUUUUAUUAUCUCAGACUAGUAGACAAUGUAUGGCUGUAUGUAAAAUUGGGAACCGUAGAGAUUGAGAGCCACUGAUUUACCUAAAACAUAAGAAGAAAAAAUUUUAAUUUACGAAGUGUGCACUGACCGAACUAAAAUUAAAAUGACGGGUUUUCAUAAAGAUUAAUAUAAAUAUUAUAUUAUUUUAAUUUUUAAAAGACUGCCACACCAAUUCUAUUUCAAUCGGUGUAUAUACAUUUUUUAUUGUUUGGUAAUCUGCGAUAAUAAAAAAUAUCAAAAAUUAAUAUUUUUUAAUUGUUCCAUUUUCUUUCCAUUAAAAACUGUUUGGAGACAGACCUUUUUCCCUCUCAACAAAAAUAGAAUACCCUCUUUAAGUCGUCGUGAGCAGUGAUGGGAAGUGAUCCAGAAACGAUUGGGCAAAACUACAGACGCGGCGAAUGCAUCAGAUUACUAUGCCUUCCGAUGAAAUUAGCGACUUUUGGACUCUUUAACGUCAUAAUUCGAACUGCUUUUCUAACGGGGCCAAUUCAUGUCUGGGACCGUGUCUGGAUGUUUGCCGAGGGAUUUGAUCCGACGACAAGUGCUAUGACCUAUGAUUAUUACGCUACGAUGUGCCGUAUCAACGAUAUUUAAAUUAAAUUAAGUUCGUACUGCCGCGCGCAACGUAUACGCCGUUAAUUUACAUGGAUUAUUACACGGUUGCAAAACUAUGCGUUUGCUAAGUGUAUCGUUAGAAUAGCUUGCCGUUUUAGUUUAGAAAGCGUGAGAAGCGUGAGAGCCUUAGGAACGACUGCUUUUAGAGCUGGCAUACUUAUUAUAACUCGGUAGAAUCUUUUUAAAACUAGACACUCGAUGGGAUCAAGAUACGACCAUACUGGAAGUUAUCCUUUCUCAAAUUACUUAAGGCUUAACGCUGAAUGCGACAUAUACAUAAUGGGAUACGUUAGUGCCUAAAAAAAAAAAAAAGUUCGAGGAAAAUGUGCGUCGUUAGUAUCGUGCCUAGAUAUUUUUUCAAUCCGGAGCGAGAGCACUUGGGAUAAACCGAUCUUGCCAUCACUGCCCGCGAGUUAUGAAUAAAGAAGAAGCGAAAAUAAAGGGAAAGCGUAAUAUCGAAUGCGCGGAAUGAAAUGGAUUUGGUAUAUAGAUAAUAUAUAUGUAUGUAUAUGUAUACAUAGGAAGAGAAUAAGCGAGAAACGUGAAGAUAACGUAACAACGGACCUAUCAUAAAAGACAGUGUGUGCGCUUACUAACACAACCGGGACAGCUCGUCGGAAGAUGGCGAGCUACCCCGUGAAUGUAACGGCUAGCUUAAAUCUAUUAUUAUUUAAGUUAACUAACGAUAAUUUCAAGAAACCGCGAAAAAGACAGUUCUGACUUUAGCGGCGCUAAGAGAGAAAAGCGGGAGAGAACGGAAGAGAGAGAGAGAAUGCGAGAGAACGAGAGAAAGAGAGACAAGGAGAGCAGACGCGUCGGCAUCGUCUGCGGAACCGAGCGAACGUGCUUUUGUAUAUAUGUAUUGUAUACGCACAUUGUACCGUAUCUAAAGUCACUUAUUAUCCGUACUGUAGCCGGCGGAGCAGUUUAGAGCUAGUAAAAUUCUCUUGUAUGAUGAACGAAUAAAUGCAAAAUAUCGUUCGAUAAAAAAAA